CAGCUGCCAUAACCAAGAGACAUGACAGAGGACCCAGAACCUCCUAAUGACUAUACAGAUUACUAUAAAGAUUACAACAAUCAAGAUCCUCCACAAUCGUGUAACAAUGGCAACACAAAGGCGUUCGGUGAGGUUUUUCUUCCAACCCUGUACAGCAUAGUCUUCAUCAUCGGUUUCAUCGGAAACGGCCUGGUAGUGUGGGUCCUGAUCAGACACCGUCAGAAAUCCAAGAUGACAGACGUGUGCCUUUUCAACCUAGCCUUGUCUGACCUACUCUUUCUUGUGUCACUCCCCUUUUGGGCACAAAGUUCUAUGGCUGAGUGGAUCUUUGGCAAAUUCAUGUGUCACACCAUAACAGGUCUAUACAUGAUAGGUCUCUACGGCAGUAUCUUUUUCAUGGUCCUUAUGACAGUGGAUCGCUAUGUCAUCAUAGUCCAUGCCCACAGUCUCAUCUCCAGAAAUCGGUCUGUAAAAACGGGAUUGGUUCUGGCCUCAUUGGUGUGGUUACUCAGCCUGUUUGCAGCUCUCCCUAAUAUUAUUUUUGCCCAAGAGAGCGAUGUGAAUAAUCGAACCUCAUGCAGAUAUAAUUUUCCAAAUCAAGCCUGGAAGUCAUUUACUUACAUUUUACUGAACAUUCUGAGUUUGAUUCUCCCUCUUAUUAUUAUGGGCUUCUGCUAUUCAAGGAUCAUCCCAAUUCUGCUCCGUAUAAAAUCCCAAAAAAGGCACAAAGUCAUCAGAAUCAUCCUGGCUGUGGUGGGUAUUUAUUUCCUUUUCUGGACACCUUACAACAUUGUUAUGUUCCUUUCCUUCCUUCAGUUUCAAGGCUACCUGCUGUCUUGUGAGUGGUAUCAAGGUUUGAGCUUGAGCAUGCAAUGGGUGGAAACUAUCGCCUUCAGCCACUGUUGCCUCAACCCCAUCAUCUAUGCCUUUGUUGGAGAGAAGUUCAGAAGAGAAGUCUUUAAGGUCUUAAAAGAGCAGUUUCCAGUGUGCUUCAAACAUUGCUCCACUUUCUCACGAGAGUUAUCCGAACGCAGAAGCUCAGUCUUCUCUCGAUCUUCAGAAUAUUCCAGCACAAGGAUUGCGUAGCGCGCUGCUGCAUGAUUCAAAGUGAUACUGUUCAUUCCUCCAGAGUAACAUUUUCAUUCUGAAUAGCUUCUAUUUCUCUCAAUACAAUAUUGCCACUUCUACUAAGCGUACUGUAUAUUGCAUCUACAAAAGAUUGGAAAGUUUUCAUUGUUUUGUUUUUAAGUGUUCUGAUAGCAUUAUUGAGGUACGUGAAGUCUAAGUUUGACUCAUGUUAAUGCAGAAGUAGAAAUGAGGCUGUUGCCGAGGCUAAAAAUAUUCUUCUCUGUUUCUGUGUCCUUCUCACAUUUCAGAUUUGCAAUACUGCAGAUAAUGCUUUUGAGAUAAAUUAUUUCAUAAAAAAAUAUUUUUAUCAGGGGGAUUUAAAACAAACAAACAAACAAAAAAGGCUUUUUACAUUUUUUGUUUUUUUAAGUUUUGAAGGAAUACAUUUAGGUUAGUCUAUGUUUUAAGUUUUUCUUGUUAUCUCUUUUGUGUUUUGCUAAGUGGGUUGCUCUUUAAUAAUAAUAAUAAACA